GAUCAAGACUGAAGUUUAUACAAUAUUGAUAUCAGCGCCGCAGGGGGAAAUGGACGAUGAACUUGUCCUCAAUAUUGCAGAGGAUGCAUCUGUAGGACCAACAAAGCUAGCAUCAAAAAAAUCCGGUCGCUGGACGGACAGGUUAAAGGCUAAACGAGUCCAGAAACGCAGGACCGACCAGCCUGACCAUCAUCCUGGCAGCGAUAAUGAUGACCAUUCUCGUCCCGCAAAGCGGAUGCGACCUGACAUCCCCCCGCCUGCUACCAAAGCUCCUGCAAUGGACCGUCCGGCACUUCCAGCUAGGCCUCCGACUCAGAUAAUCUCGUCUCUAUUCUCGCCCCCACUACCCUCCGCUAUCCAAAAAGUGCCCUCUAAACCGAGCAAUGCACCAUUGACCGGCUCAGCCACAUUCGCGGACCUGGGUCUUCAUCCUCUCCUCGUCACUCACCUACAAUCCAAGAUGAGUAUCACGAAACCGACAUCCAUUCAACGUGCUGCCCUUCCUAUAUUCACGAAACCUUCUUCCGAGGACACUGAAUACACGCGAUGGACGCUCGCAAUUAUAAUCGCACCCACUCGUGAACUUGCAAAACAAAUUUCCGACGUCUUGGAGGCGCUAUUGACACUUAGGCUACGCCCAGACGGCGAACAGGAGAAUACGGAGAGUUCUACACGUUAUACCCGGUGGUUAGUCUCUGGUUUGCUAAGUGGAGGCGCAACCCGUGCGCACGAGAAGGCGCGUCUACGGAAAGGUGUGCCCAUCCUUGUCUCGACUCCAGGUCGCCUACUAGACCACCUGCAAAAUACGUCUUCGUUCAACGUUGGAAAGUGCCGAUGGUUAGUUCUCGAUGAAGCGGACCGCUUGAUGGAGCUUGGGUUUGAAGAUACUAUCAAAGGGAUCGUGCAGGGUCUGGAUGGGAGGAGGAAGCUUGCGUUCCAAGCUGUUCAGGACGGUAAGACAUUUGAGGUUGGGGGUUGGGACUGGGACCGGGAGAGACGGACAAUACUCUGUUCGGCUACCAUCCGCGAAGACGUGCAGAAAUUGGCAGGCACUACUCUAAGACGACCGUUGAUAAUCAAGGGCCUCGACAAAGAGAAGGCGGAGGAUUCGCCUGCAUCAAAAAACGACAACGAGCCAGCUACCACCAGCACCGAGAAAUUCACUCCCCCAUCACAACUCUCUCAAAAAUACGUCAUCGUUCCCCUCAAGAUGCGUCUUGUCGCACUGGUCGCACUUCUCCGCUCAUUGCUCGCUCAGACACAAGGUCAAAAAGGUUCGAAAAUCAUCGUAUUCCUCAGCUGCACAGACUCCGUCGACUUUCACUGGCGCUUGCUAGGCGAUUCGUCGAUGGACGGUGAGAAGGCUGGAAAUGCAGAAUCCGAAGACGGGGCAGAUAGCAAGGCAGAUGAAUCUGUUGAGGAGGAGAAAGUAGAGGAAGAAAAUAAAAUUGCUGCACGGUCUCCGCUCCUUCCAGGUGCCUCAAUCUUCCGACUUCACGGUUCCCUUCCCACACCAAUCCGUCUCGCCUCUCUACGCGGAUUCUCAGCCAUUCCUUCCUCAAAGUCCAAAAAACCUGCACCCGCGUCGUCCAUUCUCCUCUGCACGUCCGUGGCAUCCCGUGGUCUCGACCUACCCCUCGUUCGCGCAGUCAUUCAAUACGACCUGCCAACUGAAGGCGGUGCGACCGAGUACGUGCACAGAGUGGGACGGACAGCACGUGCAGGAAAGGGCGGCGAAGCUUGGAGCAUCGUCGCACCCAGCGAAUCCGAAUGGGUUAAAUGGGUGGGAGUGAAGAUGAAGGGCGAUAUAACGGGAGAAAACUCCGACCACGACAAAGUCAACAUCACCCUCGAAGGAGCAAGCAUCGAAAACGUUUUGGCGAAGGGUUUUGGCGGAAAAGGCUCCGAGUACGAGGCGCGCGCGACAGAAGUGCAGCUUUCUUUCGAGCGGUGGGUUUUGCGGCGCAAAGAGAACGCUGAACUUGCUCGGAGGGCAUUUACCUCGCAUAUGAGAGCAUAUGCGACCCAUCCCUCGAACGAGAAGCAUAUCUUCCACGUUCGGCAUCUUCACAUCGAGCAACGGAUGCAAGAUGUCGUCCGUGCGCAAGGGCGGCUAUCGAGGAAGGGCGGCAAGAUGAUUAGCAGUGGGACUGAUGAAUUUCAGAUUCCAUCAGGCGCUGCCUUGAAUUCACUCGUUCAUGGCUAUUAACCAAGACGUCAUACUCUUUUUUAGGUUAUAAUAUUUUGAGAUGCUAUGUUACACUACAAAAUAGAUGUCAAGAUACAGUCUCGUCAAACGACUGCCGCUCAAGAGCAGAGAACUCGAAGUUGGAGUCCAACUAUAGAUACAAUACUUGUAGGAACUUGCAGACAACAUUUUUAUGAUAGGUGGUGAAUACAUAGUACCACAGGAUACUGCCUUUAUUUACAUACUGGUGGCGCUAAUCAAAAUCCUUCGCUGUAGAUCAAA